AUGCCAUUAAUAAAAAGGAACAUUGAACCUCGGCACCUCUGCCAAGGAGCUUUACCUGAAGGAAUUACUAGUGAAUUGGAAUGUGUAACCAAUAGUACUCUCGCUGCCAUCAUACGUCAGCUAAGCAGCUUAAGCAAACAUGCUGAAGACAUAUUUGGUGAGUUGUUUAAUGAAGCCAACAACUUUUACAUCAGGGCAAAUUCUCUUCAAGACAGAAUUGACCGUCUGUCUGUCAAGGUUACUCAACUGGAUUCAGCUGUGGAAGAAGUUUCAUUGCAAGAUAUUAAUAUGAAGAAAGCAUUCAAAAGUUCUACAAUACAGGAUCAACAGGUUGUUUCAAAGAACAGCAUUCCCAAUCCUGUUGCUGAUAUUUAUAAUCAGAGUGACAAACCACCUCCACUGAAUAUUCUCACAUCAUACAGAGAUGAUAAAAAAGAUGGCUUAAAAUUUUAUACUGAUCCUUCUUAUUUCUUUGACCUCUGGAAAGAAAAAAUGUUACAAGAUACAGAGCAUAAGAGAAAAGAGAAGAGACGACAGAAGGAUCAAAAACGUAUAGAUGGCACAACUCGUGAGGUGAAAAAGGUUAGAAAAGCAAGGAACAGGCGCCAAGAGUGGAAUAUGAUGGCCUAUGACAAAGAACUUAGACCAGAUAACCGGUUAUCUCAGAAUGUUUACCCUGGAGCAUCUUCUGAAGGGUCUCUGUCCCCUGAAACUAGAUCCCAUGCUUCAGACAUAACCAGUUAUUCGUAUCCUGCUACUCCAAAUCAUUCACUCCGUCAUCAGUUUUGCCAUGUGCCUUCAUGUGGAACAGGAGAUGGAUCCCAGUUUAUGCUUGCAAAACAGGGCCUUGAACAUGAAUAUAGGUUAUCUUCCACAACAGUGCAACAUGCUACUUUGAAUAGGCCUCAAGAACCACCCCCACCCCCACCGCAAAUCUUAGAUGGUGCUCUGGGCACUGUUGCAUUGAUACCAGCAGACUAUGGGAUGAUUGCAGCUCAGAUGGUGGAUUAUUAUAAUCCUUCAGGAGGACCACCCUCUGCAUCAGCGCUUAUGAUUCCUUCUGCACAGACUGCUUUUGUUAGUCCUCUCCAAAUCCCUCUGCUACCUACCCAUUCUGGACUAAUGGCUGGUACUCUGUAUUCUGCUACUCUUCAUCUUCCUUCUACCGGGCAUAUUGUUACAGCUCCUUCUCCUCCUGGCCCACCUCCUCUUCCUCCAGGCCCCCCUGCUGCAGGAUCUUCUCUUUCAUCCUCUCCAUUGCAUACUCCUGCAGUAGCUGAGGUUAAAAGGCAGGAGUCUAUCCAGUCACCCAUCAGUGGUGCUCGAAGUGAUCUUCUUGCUGCUAUUCGGAUGGGAAUCCAGCUGAAAAAAGUACAAGAGCAACGUGAACAGGAGGCCAAGCGUGAGCCAGUUGGAAAUGAUGUGGCCACAAUUCUUUCUCGACGGAUUGCAGUGGAAUACAGCGAUUCGGAUGAUGAGUCAGAAUGUGAUGAAAAUGACUGGUCAGACUGA